AUGUUGACAUGGCUGGCGCCGCUGGCGCCUCUGGUGUGCGCAGCCGCUGGGCCGGCAGUUUCUCUCCAGAAUCCGGAGGGACAGGAGCUGGUGUUCUUAAAGCUGGCUGUGAGCGCAGCCCUGUUUGGACCCUUCGCAAUGGUCGAGAAUGAGAUGGUUUUUCAAAAUCCAGAAGAUCGGAGAAUGGAGGGCCGGUUCUCCUUUGCUUUGCCAGUCGGAGUAGAUGGUCCGGCCAUGCCAAGCCGCUUUGCCAUGCAAAUCGGUGCGAAGCUGAUGGAGGGAGAAGUGGUCAACCGAUCCAAAGCCCAGCGCGUCUACAGAGAGAUUCUGCAUGAAGCACGCGAUCCGGCACUCUUGGAGCAGAGCCAGGGCAACAUCUUCACAGCCAGGGUGUUCCCCAUCGAGCCCCGUGCCGUGGUGCGCCUCAUACUCUCCUACACCCUCACAGUUCCCGCCAGAAAGAUGUAUCGUGUGCUGCAGAUUCCCAUGGCCGGCCUGCCAGAGAUACAGAACCUCACCUUUAUGGCUGUCACGCAGGCGCUGGGCGACGCUGGCUACAGCGCCAACUGCACCCUACCCGAAGUGGGCCAAGUGAGCGGCGUCACCGAUGGCGGCCUCCUUCGCUUUGCGGAGGAGAUGGGCCCUGUGGUGCCUCUCACUGAUGCUCUGCUCGAGGUUUGGGAUCCAAACGUUGCCAGCAGCUCAUUUUCCGUGGAUGGUGGGCAUCUUGUGACCUCCUAUGUUGUUGGGGAGGAUGUGGCUGUGACAACUCGUGUACCAUUCACACCCUCCAGCUGGGUGGUCUAUAUCGACACAUCGGCCUCUACUGCAGAUUCAUUCGUUGUGCGGACUCCUCUAAUAGCUUCUCUCUUGGAUGCCAUGCCCUCGGCGGAUGUCAGGGUUUUUGCGUUCGACAUCGAGGUGGCCGAGAUCAGGCCCAUGGGGCCCAAGGACAGUCAGCUUGGAAGCACAGUCCGUGCUGCGCUGGAAGCACGUUAUCCGCUGGGAGCCACGGACAUGGAGUUGCUGCUUCAACACGUGCAGACGAACGUGAACCCGCAGCCUGCGGAGACUGUGGGUGUGCUGAUUCUCAGUGACUUCAUUGCGACAGCCAAGGAGAGAUCGUCGGCGAAGCUCGCCCAGCUCCUCGAGGCCUCUGAGCAGCGCGUGGUCUCACUUGGCGUUAUUGGGUCAAAGUAUGACAGCUCUGUCGGACGCGCAGUCGCAUCUGCGGGAGGCGGGCGAGCUGUCCAGAUUCCUCUGACAUCGAAGGAAGUCGAUGCUGUCGUUGCCAAAGCGUGGCGUGACCUCACCGAACCACUCGGAAGGAGGGCCAGUACCGCUGCUGCAAGUGGUUGGGUUUGGCCUGAAGUCUUCUCUGACUUGCAGCUUGGAGAUGAAGUCAUUGUGUUCAGCGGUGGGCAGACAGGUCUGCAAGUGAAAGCACCCGAACUCCAGAUUGCUGGCAGGAAUCUUUCGGCUGCUGCGAUUCAGGCAUCUGCCGCUUCCUUUGGCUCACUCCUCUCUCGCGAGGCCACGAAGGCCCGGCUGGAUCUCUUGGAAUCGCAGCGUCAGCUUGCAGAGAGCGCUCUUGCUGCUUCGGAGAUCGAGUUUCAGAUCGUGCAGCUCUCGGAAUCAAGCCGUGUAAUGACUCCACAUACCGCCUUGCUCGUCCUGGAAACUGACGCGGACUACGUUCGUUUUGGGAUACCCCAAGAUCGGCUAUCUCCCAUCUUGGUGGUGACCUCCUCGGGGGUGCAGCUGCUGCCCCGAUCCGAUAUGACACUGUCACCCCUGCCGCUCCCACUCUCUCCUGCCAACUUGCCAAGCCCACCGGCUUCAAACGGCACGAAUGGCACGUUCACGAACGACACUGCGUGCCAAGCAGAUGAGAAUGCUGGUAGAUGUGCCCAGGAGUCCGAAACCGAAGAUGUCUUCUCAGCUGACGACGAAGGGGCAAUGCUGCAGGAGUCCGCCGCCAGUGGUGAUGCUGCGAGGCAGAGCAGCGCCCGUCUCUACCUUCUGCUGAUCCUUCCCCUGCUCUUCUUGAACUUCUUGCCCAGUCAAGCAGAAUGGUCCAGCCCGGUUGCAGAGGCAGAUAAGCUCUUGGCUAAACACGCAGCUGGACCCCCAACUGACAGGAAUCGCGAGACCGCAUCAAGUUAUGCAGGAGCUCUGUGGACAAAGCGCCGUGCGCAGGAAUUGCGUGAUUACUGCGCAGGAUGGAUUACCUGGGACCCGACGAAUGGCUUAGCUUUCGAGUACAUGAGCAAGGCAGGGAUGCAUCUGGGUCAAGCUUCUCUCGCCUUGCGAGCGGCCACAUCCAUCGCAGAAGUUCGGCCAAGAGAUUCAGAGCAGCUCCUGAGGGCCUCUUGGCUGGCGCUCACCCUGAACUCCCCGACGGCCGCGGCCUAUGCGCGGCGCUUCGCCCAGCGCUCGCUGGAGGAGCGCAGCGACAACGUGAACACUUACCGGGCCCUGGCCAUGGCGGCGUGGGAGGAGGAGGACUACGCGCUCGCGGCCAGCACCUAUGCGAGAGGCCUGGAGGCCAGCUUCCAUGGACGCUACGGGGACGUCCAGCGCGUGCUCCUCGAAGAGGCCGCGCUCUUCCUGCGUUCUCUCGAGGCCUCCGAGAAGACGAAGCCUCUUUUCCAGGAGUUCUCCGGCGGUGUCCUGAAAUCCGUGGACUCCCAGAGAGGUGCUGACAUUGGAUUACGCAUUACUCUCUCCUGGCUGACAGAUGCCAACGAUGUGGACCUGCAUGUUAUCGACCCUGAAGGAGGAGAGUGCUACUACGGCAACAAGCGGACCUCUUGGGGUCUACAACUUUACAGUGAUCAGACACAAGGCCUUGGUCCUGAAGUAAUAGUUGCGGGCAGGAGGAAGGGAACCUAUAAGGUUGGCGUGAAGUACUUCAGCACUGGGGCCAUGGGUGCUUCGAGAGGUACCGUGAUCAUCCAACAGAUCAAUGCCGGGGUGCCUCAAGAGAAGGUGAUGGAAGUCUUCACAUUGCCUGCGGGCUUUAGUGGGGUGCUGGAGGUGGCUACCUUCACCGUCAGCUAG